UUUUAGUUGAUAUUGUUCUUUUUGCGGUCUUGUUUGUACUUGUUUUUGCUUUAGUUUUUACGUUAAAUUACUCAGGUUUGUUUGUUAUUUUAGUCUUAGAAAGUUGACGAAAUAAGUUUUUAGUUAUAAUUUUAAAGUUUAAGAAAUUUAUUUUGUUGAUGUAAAUUUUUUUGGCAGAAAAAAAUUUACAGCCAGUUCUUUGUUUUUAAAAUAAAAUUUUUACUCUUGCUACUUGUCUGUGCAAAACUUUUGUAGACUGCUGUAUUGAGGUAGAGUAGAGUAAAGCGAACUUGACAGUUUGAUUUUUAAUCUGGCAGUACCUGCGCCUACGAAAUGGGUCAAGAGUCAGUGUUUGCGGAGAAUGUGAAGGAAAAUGGCGAUUCAGCUGCAACGAUGGAAAGCUCACAGUUGAUCAUGCAGCAGAAAAAAGGAAGUGGAAAUUCAUCAGCAGAAAACUUGUCAUCAUCACACGGCAACAAAACUAGAGAUUCUGAUCAAAAGCAGCAUGACAUCAUUGAAAUGUCGUUAAUGAAUGGCAAUGGGGAGAACCAGACUGAGGAAGAUAAGGAAAAGAUUGUAGUGCUGGAUGGUGGGGACAAUGCCGGUGAUGGUGGUGGUGCAGAGAAUUCGACAAAAGUUGGAUUCUUAAAAAUGAAACGAUGUGAUGUUCGAUAUCUGUUCAUUGCUCUGAUUGUUCUUAUCAUAUUGAUUGGCAUUGCUUCAAUUGCCUUCCUUGCCCGUAGAUUUGAAACAAAAGCAUAUGAAGAUUUGAAGUUUGCCGGUCACUUUUCUGACCACAUGGUGCUACAGAGAGCCCCACACAAAUCAAUAGUGUGGGGUUAUGUUACACUGCCCUCCAAUGACCUUACAGUGGAGGUCAAACUACAGGGUCAUAAGGUUGAAGAAGUUUACAAAGCUCACGUGGAAAGAUUUGUUUCAGGAGCUACGUGGAGUGUAACAUUAAAGGAGCACGACGAAACAACCCCAUUCCAACUCAGUGCCUACGUUGUUCAUGCUGAUGGCAGCCUGAAUAGUGAUAACAACGUUGAUGAGGGCAGUUACUUGUACAAUGUAACAUUGAGAGAUGUCCUGUUUGGUUAUGUGUGGAUAUGUGCUGGUGAUCAGCUGAUGGAGGAAUCACAAGAUUCUGAGGCAGAUGAGAAAGUUGAUGCUGGCAGUAACAUUACUCCUGAUGUAAGACUGUUCUCUCUCCAUCCAUUCAGAUCAGAUAUUCUCUGGAGUAAUGUGAGGAACGUUAAACAUCAUUGGACCAUUCCUUCCAAAGAUACCAUCUCAAACACGUCUGCAACAUGUUGGCUGUUUGGACAGAAACUUGCACGUCACUUGAAAUAUCCAAUUGGACUUGUGCUGGCAACUUUCCCCGAUUCUCUAAUCCAAGAUUGGGCACCUCCGAGCUCCAACAAAUGCGAACAAGGAAGAGAUUCAGGAGUGGAAGGAGAGUCAUCAGGCAGCAAGAUAUGGAAUGCCAUGCUGCACCCUCUCACAGAAUUCUCCACAUACGGCGUUGUUUGGUUUCAUGGUGUACAAGAUGCCAGCAAAGAUUCAGCCAAUUACAGCUGUCCUCUCAUACACAUGAUAAACACGUGGAGAAAUCAUGAGCAUGCGAAGAAUUUGAAGCCACAAGGUUUUGUGAAGCCGUUUGCAAUCGUCCAGAUUCCUCCGAGUCAACAAAGCAGCAACAGCAGCUUCAGUCGCGUGGACAUUCGGUGGAAGCAGACAAUGAACCACGGCUACCUACCCAACUCCAUCCUGCCAGGGGCUUUCUUGGUGCCAACCAUCGAUCUUGUGGGCAGCCACUUAGAUUAUAAUGAAUUAUCCGAGAGAUUAUUGAGUGGAGCCCUGUCACAUGCAUACAGCAGCAGCAAUGACAACGUUGGUGAACGUGGCGAGGGAAGGAGUUAUAUGUACGACAACCAGUUGCCCAUCAACUAUGUAUUCCCUAAGAAUGUGCGUGAAAAUCCUUUGGUGAUUUCAUUGAAGAAUACCGUCACCGUUCAUGACACACAAGGGUUUGAGGUAUGUUGCUCCAAGGAUAACUCUACAUGUUCUUCCCUUUAUAUGAAGGUUCCCUUCGCCCCAGGUCGUGAGUGGGUCGAUGCACCGAUCAUCCCAUCCGUUGCGCACAUUCCAACCAGAGAUAUCCAGUUGAAUGUGGCAAUGAACUGUGCGCACAAAAUCACAGGACUGAGGUAUCUCUGGAGAGAGGCUCCGUGCCGGAAAGUUCAAAAUGGCUCCAUCAAGUGCCCCAUCCAUUUCUCAGAUUCCUCCCUGCCUCUUCUGCCUUUUAUCAGAUUCAGUUUUGAUUCCAAGCACCUGCUCGAUCCAGACCUGAUCAGACGACCAAUCAUGUCAUCUUGGAGUAUCUGUUGAGUGUUAAACAAGUUUUUAACGGUAUUCGUAUAUGCAAUCUAUGUUUGAGCUUUAUGAAUUAUUUGUGACAGUUGUAAUGUAAUUAAACUUUAUAAUAAGAAAGUAUUAUGUAACCACAGUCACUAUUUUAAUAUUCAUAUCAAUGUUUUAUAAUAACGAGAACGAAAUAAAAGCAGGGUAGGACGUUCACACAAAAAAUUUACCGAUAAUUUUCUUUAAUAAUGCCAUUCAAAUAUUUGUCAGCUUUUAUGUUAAUAUUUUAUUUUUUUAUGUUUCUCAAAUUUUAAUGAGUUUUUGAAAUAUUUAUGCGUUAAAGUUUUAUAUGCGUUUUUAAUAUUUAGCCUUAAUUAUGCAAUCGUUUUCAGUAAAUUUACAUUUUUCAUUGCUGAUCGUUGAAUUGUUCUGAAUAAAUGUUUUAAAAGUUUCUGCUUUAAAAGUUUAAAAAUCUUCUUUAGGUUUUGAACUAAAUUUUUGAAUUAUCUUUUUUAAUUUCGGACGCAUUCACUUAUCGUGUAAAAAAAA